AUGGAUACUCCCGAGGUAGCGACGCCGACGUCUGGCGCCGCUACGCCCUUGACGGUACCCUCAACGCCGGCCAAGCCAGACUUCAUUCCGCUGGUCACGGUUGUCGACUUCCACCAUGCCCGCGGACCCGAAGUUGAGAUGUGGUUUGGCGCGGCGGAGGGCACAGAUCCGGCAGUCGAGUAUGACUGGGGGCUGCUGCCUUUCAUGGCGUUGAGCGAUGGUGCGCACUUAUCAAGCGAGGAUUUCUCCUACUUUACGCUCCUUCGUCCGGCCACCGCCACAGGGCCUGCGACGUCCCUGUUCGGCAUAUCCUGUACACGGCAGCUCGAUGCCUCGCAGCUCCUGAACCGGCCCGCCGACGUCACGCGCUCGACGGUGCAGAAAGCCGUCGUCGUCAUCGCCGACACGCCGCAGCACUUUGGCAUGAUGCGCGAGCGUCUCAGCGUCGUCACGCAGGCCUGGUUCGCGCAGCGCGAGUUCACCGACACGGAGAUCCUCCGCCGCUUCCAGGAGAGUCUGGCCGAGGAGAAGGAGCGCGGGUUCUUGACGGAGGAGGAGAGCCGCGAUCAGUACCUCGGCAUGAGCUUGCGUGAGCUGGUGCACGAGUUCAAGUCGCAGACGCUGAUGCUGUUCAAAUGCUGUUUGCUGCAGCCAAAGAUGCUUUUUUUCGGAUCACGAUGUGAAAGGUUAUGCAUGAUGCAGUUUUCUCUUAUUUCUCUGAUACCCGGACUUAUCCGUAAUCUCGUUGACUGCGCCGACCCGGAGCUGAACAACUACGAGAAGAGGUUGGCGCGGCCUACGAGCUUGCGGACCAGCGAUCGCAACUCUUUGCUCACUUACAUGGGCUUGCCCCUGCAGAUUUUCGGCAAGGUAUGUUUUUUGUUUGGUCCAUACACUCCUCUGCAGCAACUUGACAUACUCGCCGACUUCGGCACCAAGUCAUACAUUGUGGGCAGCACGAAUUCCCUCCUCUUGCAGCAGAGGGACCGGUACAGCGAUAUUCUAAUUAAUCUUGACGAGCACACCGUCAAUGUUACAUCCUCCUCCCUCAAGAACGCACUGGCUCUGUCAGCUGCCGACCGCCGUUGGAUCGACUACAUUACCCAAGUAGUUAAUGACACUUGGGACGAAGCCAACCCCCAGCGUCCCAACACUAUGGGCUACGUGGGCAGCGAGGAGUUCAUCCGCCUCCAGUUCGAAGAGUACAUAUUAUCUCUCGUCUCUUCGGUGAAAUACCGCAACCACCUCCAUGCGCACCCGAACAACCCGCGUGCGCUCCUCCCGCAUAUUGAAGGCGACCCUUCCCUCGACUACGGAAACGAAUUUAUCGAAUACUGGUCCCGCACCGAAAACCACCGCAUCUGGAACGGCAACACGGAUUCCCACCUCUUUGACGUCGUCGAGCCGCGGCACCCCUGCGCCGGCGGUCUUACGAUUGAUGACGUGCAGCGCCGCAUCGCUCAGCAGGUCCAGGAUAUGCACCUGGACGAGCGUCUCGCCGUCGGCAAGGAAGUCCUCGGACGCAACUUUGCCGUGGGCAAGGAGAAGGCGUCCAACAUGUUCAACAAAUUCUACUCCGACCUGGAAGCGCUCCGCGAGGCGCAGAGGAAAAGGGCCGAGGAGCAGCGCCUGGCUCAGGAGGCUGCUGCCGCGGAGGCCGAAAAGGCCGGUGCUCCCGCCGCCUCUGCUGCGGCGACGGAGGGGGCAGCAGCCGCGAAAGCGCCGGGCAAUUCCGGCAACAAGGCUAGUUCGUACGUGAGUUCGUGGGUCACCUGGGCGGGCGAGAAGCGCAAGGCCGGAUGGGGUGGAGGCAGCGGCAGCGGGAACAGCACUGUGACGUCCCCGACUACGAGUACCAGCGGAGGGUACGGCUGGGGCCGCGGAUGGGGCAAGUCCAAGACGGACGCCAGCAAGGCUGGGAACGGCGACAGGGACUCUGCUUCAAUCUCGGGCUCGCGGGUGUCGACUUCGUCUGCGGGCACGGAGAUCAAUGAUAAGAGGCCGCAUGGCGAGAAGCAUGAUUUCCAGCCGCUGACGCAGGGGUCGUAUACGGAGUCGAUUCUCUCGACGGGGUCGAUUGAUUCGGAGACGCCGGCGGGUCACACGAGACCAGAGUCGAAGGAUGGGACUGUGCCGCCCACAGCGGUAGGGGCUUCCAAAACGACUGGUGAGGCCGAUGGCAAGUUGAAUGGUGGGGAGAGCAGUGCUAUUCGGACAGUGGCUUCUGAGACCGAUGGAGAGGAGAAGAAGGGAGGAGGUUCUGCCACCGCGGCGCCGAGCACUCUGCCGACCAAGGCGCAACAGCCGCCACAGCAGGAGAGCGACGACGAGGAGGACGAAGUGGAGGAAUCCAGGGCGACGGCAGCUGCUGCGGAGGCUGCGGCUGAAGCGGCCAAGGCUUGGGGUGAUGAUCGCCCAUGA